AUAAAAUUAGCUCUGGCUGUUUAUAGCAGUGAAUAAUCUAGGUUUUUAACUUUAUGAUCCUGUUAACCCCAGCAUUACAGACUUAAUCGAAACAGGUGUAAUGUGUCUUUAAGUGUGGUCCCUGAUCACUCCCUGCUAGUAGUUCGCUACCUGUUAUUUUCUGCAACAAGAUGGCUGCCGUUCCUGAGAGCAGAGUCCUCACUUUCAGCGUUUUUAAGUGGAGCUCCUACUCCUCUACAUAUUUGCCUGAGAAUAUCUUGGUGGAUAAGCCUAAUGAUCAGUCUUCGAGGUGGUCUUCUGAGAGCAACUACCCUCCACAGUUUUUAAUCUUGAAAUUGGAAAGACCAGCAAUCGUUCAGAGCAUAACAUUUGGAAAGUAUGAGAAGACUCAUGUCUGCAACCUUAAGAAGUUCAAAGUGUUUGGUGGUAUGAGCGAAGAUAACAUGACAGAGCUCUUGUCCAGUGGCCUUAAGAAUGACUACAACAAAGAGACGUUCACGUUAAAGCACAAGAUUGAUGAGCAAAUGUUUCCCUGCAGAUUUGUCAAAAUAGUGCCUCUGAUGUCUUGGGGUCCGAGUUUUAACUUCAGUAUUUGGUACGUUGAGCUGCACGGUAUUGAAGACCCUGAUGUGGUUCAACCCUGCCUUAACUGGUACAGUAAGUACAGAGAACAGGAAGCUAUUCGCCUUUGCUUAAAGCACUUCAGGCAGCAUAACUACACAGAGGCCUUUGAGUCACUGCAGAAGAAGACUCGGAUAGCAUUGGAGCACCCAAUGCUCACCCACCUCCAUGACCGAUUGGUGCUGCAGGGUGACUUCGAUGCCUGCGAAGAGCUCAUAGACAAAGCUGUGAGAGAUGGUUUGUUUAACCAGUACAUCAGCCAGCAGGAGUACAAGCCCAGGUGGAGUCAAAUAAUUCCAAAAUGCAACAAAAGUACAAGCAACCAAGAAAUCAGCCGAGACGACGCCAACAGUGAUGGAGACGACAACAGGCCUGGGAUGAGGGGGGGACAUCAAAUGGUCAUUGAUGUCCAAACUGGUGAGACCUACGCAGCUAGUAAUGGUCCGAGUGCUCGAUCAUGCCAUAAGAUGUGCAUAGACUCUCAGCGACGUCAGAUUUACACGCUGGGCCGUUACCUAGACUCCAGCGUCAGGAAUAGCAAGUCCCUGAAGAGUGACUUCUACCGUUAUGACAUAGACGCAAACACCUGGACAUUACUAAGUGAGGAUACAUCAGCAGACGGAGGACCAAAGUUGGUGUUUGACCACCAGAUGUGCAUGGACUCAGAAAAGCAUAUGAUUUAUACAUUUGGCGGACGUAUCCUGACAUGUAAUGGCAGCAUGGAGGAUAGCAGGACGUCAGAGCCACAGUUCAGUGGCCUUUAUGCUUACCACUGCCAAGCAGGGACAUGGAGUCUUCUGCGGGAGGACUCCUGUAAUGCUGGGCCAGAGGAUGUCCAGUCUCGCAUUGGACAUUGUAUGCUCUUUCACACGAGAAAUCGCUGCCUGUACGUGUUUGGAGGUCAGCGUUCGAAGACGUACCUCAAUGAUUUCUUUAGCUAUGAUGUAGAUGGAGACCAUGUAGAGAUUAUAUCUGAUGGCACCAAGAAGGACUCUGGGAUGGUUCCCAUGACAGGCUUUACCCAAAGAGCCACCAUUGACCCUGAGCUCAACGAGAUCCACGUCCUCUCAGGCCUCAGCAAAGACAAGGACAAACGUGAGGAGAACGUGCGAAACUCCUUUUGGAUCUAUGACAUCACCCGCAAUAACUGGUCAUGUGUAUAUAAGAAUGAUCAGGCUGUGAAAGAAAACCCAAGCAAGACUCUGCAGGAGGAGGAGCCAUGUCCACGCUUUGCACACCAGCUUGUCUAUGAUGAAAUGCACAAAGUCCAUUACCUGUUUGGUGGAAACCCUGGGAAGUCAUGCUCACCUAAGAUGCGCUUGGAUGACUUCUGGUCCCUCAAACUGUGUCGGCCCUCUAAGGAGUACUUGCUCCGACACUGUAGAUACCUCAUUAGAAAAUACAGAUUUGAGGAGAAAGCCCAGUCGGAACCACUAAGUGCACUGAAAUACCUGCAAAAUGACCUGUCGCUCACUGUGGACCACACAGAUCCUGAUGAGACCAAAGAGUUCCAGCUCCUGCCUUCUGCACUCUUUAAGUCCAGCUCUGACUUCAUCCCUCUGGGUUUCUCAGAUGUAGACCAGACAUAUGCUCAGCGGACACAGCUCUUUGACACGCUGGUCAACUUCUUCCCGGACAGCAUGACUCCACCUAAGGGCAAUCUGGUAGACCUCAUCACCCUCUAGCCCCUCCAACCUGAAACACUUCAGGCACUAGACUCCUUGAACACACACCUGCACACAGAGAAAGUGGGACAGAGACUAGCUAUUUUUGUAAUCAUAAAUGCAGCUGGUUGGUUUACACCUUUCUGACUUCUUCCAAGCCAACCUGCUUGUUUCCUAAGCUGCAUUACUGUGAUGGUAAGGGCCAAGAAACACUGAAAGCAACACUGUGCUACAUGGAUAUGAGUAAAAUUCUUUGAUAGCCUAGAUGCAUGUUUGCAAUAUUCCUUUGGUUAAUAGUUGCUCAUGAAGAUUUGUCAGAAUCCCUUUUAAAUCUGCCAAAAUUGCUUGUUUUUCAUCUUAAUUUUCCUUCAAGGAAAAGUUGACGCCAAAAAAAGAGGAUGUUGCCCCUUUUGCUUUCACAGUUUUCCUUUUUUCAUUGCCUAGUGUUUUUUAAUUGCAGAUUUUUUCAGAAAAACUUCCACAAGGUCAAGGAUUGUCAUCCAUGCACUUCCAUCCACUUUUUGAGUGAGAUCAUUGAUGUGUUCAUCAAUCAAGUCCUAGAAAAUCCAGUUCAAGAAAAUCCAAAAUCACGUUUUUCAAGUUAUUUGAAGACGGUUCAGUUUUUUCAGCUCCUCCAUUCUGUUGGCACUGUUCUUUUUAGCAUCCCAACUGCAAAAGUUUAGGAUAUGGCUGACUUCCUGUCUGCUGCUAUUUUGAUGAUUUGGUUAGUUUGCUGCUCUGUAACACAUGCCCCUAAUAGUGAUUGUGACAAAAAUAUAGCUCCAGAAAAAAAUCUAUUAAUAGUGUUAGUGCUAUGAGACAAAGUUUAAUAUAUAUAUAAAUGUUUAAAGGUAUACUUAUUUUGAUUUUGGUUAUUAUUCUCAUUGGACUGGCUAAUACAAGAUCAAAUAGAUUUUUUUUCCUCAGUAAUUAUUAGUCUGUACUGCAAAGUGGAUAAAUUGUGUAUAUAUAUAUAUAUAUAUCUGUAUAUAUACAUAUAGUAAGUAUUUCAGUUUUCUGGAUAGAACACCUAAUGUACUGGAACAUGACUUUCCCUGUCCCGCUUUAUAAAACCUUUUUGGCUGAGUAGCUUAUAACCAAUAUAACCAAUGAAAAAUAAUUUAGAUAAGUUGGUUUGAACUUGUGAUGAACAUUUUGCAUCAGCUCUGACUACUGGUGUUUUGGCAAUAUGUUCCCGCAGUUUGCUAAAUUGUCUUUGAAGGGUUAUUUAAUUAUCUUUAAAUUCACACAAUUUUACCAAAAUACAUUCGGGACUUAGACAGUUGAGAAUAGUAGAUACAGCUUUUUAAAAUGGUUGGUCUUCAAGUUAUUCCUUUGUGAAUAAAAAGCAUGAAAAUGCCUUUUAUUCUUAAAGAUGCAAGCUUUAUUUAGACCGAAUAGAAAAACCGGAAUACAUCAUUUGAUAACUUUUUCUUAUUUAAUCUUUUGAUAUUUUAAGUGAUCAGUGGUCUAAAAUUUCCUUUCUUUCUUAAACUACUCAACAUGCCCCCCUUGCCUGAACUUAGCUGCUGUUUUUUCCUACAUCGCUUGUGUACUUUGACAGAACUUUUUUUCUUUCGCCAGAUAUAUACCAAUGUAUAUUUCUUAUUAAGUUACAGAAAUAGUGGCAUCUUCACUGCUAACUCUAUUUAAGAAAUUAAGAACAUAGCCACCAGGAUCGAGAAUCGCGAUACAUAUAGUGAGGUGUACCACUGUUGGAGGCACAACAAGCAUAGCCCACACUACCACACGUGAAAAUGUUAAGAGAAACAAUUGAGCCCUCUGCUUGAUUAUGUUACCAUGCAGCGUUAAUAUUAAACAUAACACAUUAACAUUCUAAAUGCUGUUUUUGUUGUUGUGGCAUAUACAACUGAGUUUUUUUUAAAUGGUUGUAGAUUACUUUAACAAAGAUUUUAUUCUGGAGCUUUAAGUAAUGUGGAGAAAAAUAAUCUGAUUUGCAUUUGUAAAAAUCAGCAAUAAAUAAGUACAUGAGUAAAUGCUUCUUUAAACAAAAUGCAACCUAUUUUUAGCAUCGAAUGUCCCUUCUCAGAAGUUCUUUGGUAACCAUAAAUUUUCCCCUCCACCAUUCAAAUUAUUUUAAUAAAAGAAUGUUCCGAGUCCUUUUAAUGUUUUUUCUUAUUUACAUUUCAAUCUGAGUCUCAUUGAAGAGGACUGUAGGGGAAUACCAACUCUCUAUGACGCUUACUAAUGUGGAAACAUGGGUUAGACUAACAACAGGUACUGGUUGUCAGUGCAAAUGGCAUUGAAUGCAUGAAUUUGAAUCACAAUCAAAUUACAGAUUACGUUUUCUUUUAUGAAAAACAAUUUUUCAUUGCAGAUUUUUUUUUUUUUAAUUUCAGAUGUAUUUAUUUUUUUUAAAUUGCAGAUUUUUUUUAAGAGCUAUAGGAAAAUACUUAUUUUUUCCCUGUUUAUAUUAACGGAAUGAAGAAAGUCAAAUGGGACAGAUACACAAGAAACUUUCGACCCUUUCUUUUUGGAUGUACAGGUUAAACAUUGACGUAAUUUCCACGCUCGGCUAUUUAAAUAUAGAUUUGUCAGUGGAAUCAUAGGUUGCUAUCAAUGUAGACAAUGAAGACUAUUUAGGAAUUCUUAUGGUAAUACUUAAUAUUCUUUCACAGGCUGUUAAAGCUAAAUAUGAUGUAGUGAACUAAGCAAAGGCUACUUGACUUUUAACUUAUUUGAAGGAAAAGAAUGUACCGUUUCUUCUCUUUUAAAUGCCAUAUAUUUAUUACCGUUAUCACUUUCUGUUGAUGGCAUUUUUUUCAGUGUCUGGGCUAACUUGAGUUGAUGGGAUUAGUUAGCUUGGCUUUUUUCAGAAAAAAACAUUCUUAUAUUGGCAUCUGUUAAAAUCACUAGUUACACUAGAGUUUUAGCUGAAUUGAUGAAACCCCAUAUUAUAAUGAUAAACCUGUCCAUUAUUUAUUUUUAUUGGUUACACGGUAUUAUUGAUCUUGAUCUCUGCAAGCUGAAGAUAAUUUAAUAUUAUUUCUAUUUCUACCCUCAGAAAAUAUUUUACAGGAAUUUGUUUAGCUCUGAACUUAAGUGUGCAGAAGAAGAGAAACUAAGGUUGAUAUACAUAGAAUAUGUUUCCAGUAAAUUAAGCCAAGAUGGCUGACUUCCCCUUCCAAUUAUUUCUCUUGUAAUUUAAUUACCAUUGAUAAACAACGUUCCAAUAAGUGCGCUAUUCUAUUAAAAUUGUAAUUCCUUUAGUAUGUUGUUGACUGUCAUUUGUUGCUGUCCUUUUGCAAUAUCUACCCAUCAUCAAUUAAAAUGAUAUUUUUGUUGUGUUUUUGACUACUAGUGUAUCAAACAAGUUAACCACGAGCAGAGGUCAGGACAAGUGUCCUGCUCUUUCAUGCAUUUGAUUUCCUGAAGUAAUUUCUAACGAUAAGUAAAAACCGUUUAGUUUAAACUAGUAUGUGGUCAUUGUUUAGUGUUUUGUUGGGGAGGAGUGGCAGCAUGUAUCUUCAAAUGGAUUUCUCCCUUUUGCUCUGAUGCCAACUAAAUACAAAUGUAAUUAUAAAGAAAGAAAAAAAAAAAGACUAAACAAAUAGCGAUUAUUUAUGGAAAACCACACCUGAUUCAUAAAGAAGCAGAUAUAAGAUAUAAUUCCAAGCAACUUUGUUUAAAAAAAAAAAAAAGACACACAAUGGCAAAUCAUUUUUUGGUAUUCAAUAUUUUGGGGUGUAUAUUUUCCACAUAACAUAAAAUUUACCGUGCGUAAACUUAAUUCUUUUCAUUUCAACUUUGGGUGAAAUGAGUGGGUGUCAAGAGUUUCAAGGCUGGUACUUUCAGUUCAGUUGGCGCUACUCUGGAUACAGUGAAUGUUUAGAAAGCCUUGUAGUAUUGCAUUGUAUUUAAUGUAUAUAAUGAAUAAAGAUUGUAUUUUGUUCAAGA